CCUGCAUGCCCGGUUGGGUGGCUUAUCGAUAGCUGUGAGCUCACAUACUCCGUACAUGCUCACGCACUUGUCUUCUAACUUGAACCUUUUGUGCAUCAUUCGACAACUUUCCCCCACAUAUUGGCCAUCCUAUUGACCCAAUGCUUCGACUUUCCUCUUGUUACCGCAGGAUGUUCUUAUAUAUCCAUGUCGUUAGAACACCAUCUACGCUACGCCACGCUCCCUUGUCUACAGGCGCGAGGCUAGCUCCGGCUCGUACACAACGUUCAUGGGAGUACUUGUCCGAGAUCGACGCGGAAGAUCCACACGGCUACUCGGCAGGUCGGUACUGCCCAAUCGAAAUAGGACAGAAUUACAAGGAUGGCCGAUACAAAGUCAUCUACAAGCUCGGCUGGGGCGGGUAUGCUACCGUCUGGCUUGCAAGAGACACCCGGAAUUGUACCAACGUCGCUUUGAAGUUCGGCCAUGUAGACGUGACAAGUAAUGAGCUUCGGAUCAUGCGACAUCUUCAGAAAUCUCACUUGGCUCACCCAGGUCGGAAUCAUGUGGUGCGCCUGCUGGAUAGUUUCGAUGUCAGUUCGAGGCAUACGUGCCUCGUGUUUGAACCUAUGGGCGUAAGCGUACCGGCCCGUAUAGAACGACAGACCGGAGGCCGUUUACCAGCGAGGAUUGCUAGAAGCGUGACCCUUCAGUUGGCUUUGGGUCUAGACUACCUUUGGCAAUGUGGAGUCGCACAUGGAGAUCUGCACAUAGGAAACAUCCUGUUCUCCGCUCCUGAGGUGGCUAUUUGGUCGGAAUAUCGCCUCAAGUCCUAUCUUGGUGUGCCGCAAACUGGAGCUGUCAAGCGCCUUGAUGGAGCUCCGGUGCUUGAUUCUUCAAUGCCCCGUCAUUUGGUAUGGCCAAGGGAACUACCAGGAAGCUCCACAGAAAUCAAGAUUAUUGAUUUAGGCGGUGCUUUCUUCCACGAUAGCCCACCUGACAUUGUGCACACUCCAUACCAUGUGCGCGCACCAGAAGCCUUGUUCGGUCAACCAUUGAAUCAUGGAGUAGACAUGUGGAGUAUCGGCUGUUUGUUAUUCGAAAUUAUCACGGGGAGAGCCUUGAUAAGUCCCAUACUCGCAGACCGGCUAAGCUCGAUAGAAGAGAUCCGAUCGUGUAUCGGCACUGCUCCCAAAGAAUGGGUAGACAGCCUGAGUGACGAAGACAAAGAGAUUAUGAGGAGAAAUUCAGUGGAUCCUCUUGAGCUCGAUCGAUACUUUCGGCUUGCCUACGAGCAAGAUGAUGAUGCGAUCUUAGGUUGUGGCGGCGAAGAUGACUUCCAAGUCGAAGACUAUGAGAAAGCCCCGCGCGAGCUUACGCACGAACAGUUGGAUUCUAUCAGUGCAACUUUGCAUAAGAUCUUGGUCUAUGACGCUCAUUCGAGAGGGACGCCAGCAGAAUUGCUGCGCAGUCCUUGGUUUGAGAAUAACGAUGCUGAAGACGUUUCCAUUGCGCAAUGUAAAGGCGACGGUCAGGCUCAAGGUGAAAGUCGAGACGAAAUGUCGGCGUGCUAAAUACUCACACACAAUUCAUGACAACUAUCAUAUGUUCAUUCUUCUCCAGAUAUAUUCGCAACGGGACGCUUCUGCUGUCUUUCGCGACAUCUCAUGGGAGACCUCUACUCAUCGCCAGGGGCAUUGAAACUAUAAUCACGACAUCCUUUACCUGAG